AUGUCCACAGCGGAUCCGAAGAUAGUUGAGUUAGAUAAAGUAUUACCGUUAUCGAAAAUCCGGUCAUAUGAUGACUUUGUUCGAAUGGGGCGAUAUUGCUACCUCAUCCUCAUUUUCUCCGAAUUCAUUCUCCUAUCAGGAGCAGGAAAUAUGGUCUAUAUGGUCUAUGCAGGUGCUGCUCCUCGAUCAGUUUCAUGCGUAGGUAGUAACUUCACCAUAGAGGAUGUCUGCAAACAGGGACUGAACCACAGGGAAUUGACUGAUUGUGAACUAAAGAUUGAUUACGAGUUCAAGUCCAUCAAUGUAGAGUUUGAAUAUGUCUGCAAAGAAACAGCUCUGGUGAAAAGUAGCAUUUCUGUUCAAAUGAUUGGUGUAUUAGUUGGUACUCUCCUGUUCGGAAGCUUGUCUGAUCGUUUUGGAAGAUUAAAAGUUCUCAUGUUCUCUUUCACAAUGAGCUCACUCGCCUCUCUCCUCUGCUCUUUCUCGACUUCCCUCUCUAUGUUUACAAUCUUAAGAACAAUUCUGGGAUUUUUCACUGGUGGUGUGAUUGGAACGUAUGCUGUCUAUCAGAUGGAGCAGAUUCCUAAGAAACAUCGUUUUUGGGUAGCUGCUAUUAUAGCUUGGGCACCCAAUUACAUUUUGAUAAACGGGAUAGCUUAUAUCGCGAAAGACUGGCGAACGUUCCAACUACUAAUCCUUGCAACCAGUUGCCCAGCUUUUCUGUUUUGCUUUUAUGUUUAUGAAUCUCCUCGUUGGUUGAUCCAAAGAGGUAGAAUCAGUGAGGCCAGAGAAAUAAUGCAGAAUAUCCAGAGGUUAGACCAAGUUGAUGACUUAAAAAAAGAAGAAAUGGAGAAAAUGCUUGACGCUGAGUAUCAGGAACAAGUUGCCAGCGAAGGGAAACUGAAAAACUAUAAUAUGUGCCACUUGUUUCACACCCCCAGUAUGGCACUAUCUACGACCGUUCUCUGUAGUGGAAAGUUCUUCACAAGUAUGGUCAAUUAUGGGCUCGUGUUCAAUAUGGAAAGUUUGGCUGGUUCUUUAUUCUUGAACUCUGUGCUUAUGGGUAUGUUACGUUGGGUGCUGAACAUCCUGACGGGUCUUCUGGAUUACAAAUAUAAAGGACUAGGUAGAAAGCCUGUUCAUUUGCUUUCCCAAAUGACAACUGCCUUUUCUGUAGGAAGUGCAGCUCUCAUAUAUUAUUUUGAAGUUGAAGAGGACUACAAAGGUUUUAUCCGAUAUGCUGCAAUCAUUGCGAUAUCCACGGCUUCACAAGUCUUCAUUACUAAAGCUGUUGUUUCUGUGGAAUAUUAUCCAACUGUGGUUCGAAAUUCUGCUCUAGCGAUUCAGUCUGUUUCUAGUCGUGUAGGAACAAUAUGCGCGCCACAACUGUUCAUUUUGGCAGCAUCGACAAUGACCAUUCCAUACAGUAUUCUCUUCUUAAUGGCAACUCUUGACACCAUUUUCUUCCAAAUUACACUCCCAGAAACAAAAGGAAGAGCUUUACCGGAGAACCUACUACCCAAGAGAAGAAAGAAAUCAGGCUUAGAUGAAGAGGAAAAGAUGAUUCCUGUACCGAAAAAUUCUUUUAUGUAUCCCUUGACAACAACCAAGAGCGAAGAAACUGACUCCAAGAUGUAG